AUGACUGCCCAUAGAGAGGAACAGUCUGUCUGCAUUGUAGGAGCUGGGCCUGCAGGGAUAGUUGCUGCGAGGACUUUGAAACAGCAUGGCUAUGUGGUUACCGUGUAUGAGGCAGCAGACCGCGUAGGUGGCAUGUGGAGAGAUGGACAUGGAGGACCAAGUGACAAAUGCAGUCCAGAGAUGCGGACCAAUUUGAGCAGAUAUACAGUUGCAUUUUCCGAUUUGCCUUGGACUUCGGUAGACUUGGAUCUCUCGAGACCCGCUGUGCAUCCACUAGCUGCUCCGCCCAUGUUCCCUAGAGCGUGGCAAGUGGGACGAUAUCUUGAAGCAUACGCAAAAGGCUUUGGCAUCACUGAUAAUCUGCUCCUGGGGAAGCGGGUUGUCCAGGCAUCCCUGCAAGAAGAUCGUACCUGGAAAGUUAUCAGCGACGACGGUACCGGCCAGCUAGACUCCCGUACGUUUGACCGAUUGAUUGUGGCUAGUGGUUUCUUCAACAAGCCAGCUGGUACCUUCGAUCCUACUCCUUCUACAAGUCUUCCAAACAUCCAGCACUCCUCAAAAUUUCGGUCUCUCUCUGAGUUGACGAGUUCUCCCGGAAAGGUGGCCGUGAUCGGGGGUGGUAUUAGCGGCUCAGAAGCUGCCGCACAGGCUGCUUUCCAAAUCUCGAACGCGAAAUACGCACCCAGUGAGAAGACAUCUACGCAUGCCGAAAGCAGGGUCUUUCACAUCAUCAACCGUCCCUUCUACUGUCUUCCUCGUCAUCUUCCUCAAGACCCUCAGGACCAAGACGGAAACUUCAACCCAGCACCCAGAUUCCUUCCCUUGGAUCUGGUUCUCUACAAUCUUUCGCGCCGUGGCAAUGGAGAGAUUUCAGCAGCCAUCUCUACAGUGCCACCCGAAAAAGCGAAUAAAGGACACGAAUUCCUGAGAGCAAGUAUAGGAUACGACUUGAGCGACGUGGGACACGCCGAGCUCGCAUACGCACCAAGCCAGACACAGCACCCCGGAUAUACUGGCAUUACAGAUACUUACAUGGAGUUUGUGAGAAGUGGCAUUAUUGUACCAGUAAGAGGAUGGGUUGACAGUGUUGCACAGGCAAGUGACGGUGUCUCCCUAGACAUUGGUCUGAAGCAGUACGAGCCCUGGUAUCAUGGAUCGGGGAAAGAGCCAAAGAGCCAGAGCAAGAUCUGCGACGUCGUGGGUAUCAUCGAAGCUACCGGCUACAAAGCCGACCUGGACUGGCUUGACCCUUGCGUCAGAGGCCUUCUUGCCGACGAUAGCACCGCACCAAAUUCACGUAUACCAUAUCUCCUUUCCCGUGGGUCGGUGUUCUCUCAGCGAGUCCCUACAAUUGGGUUUGUGGGCUUCUAUGAGGGUCCUUAUUGGGGGGUGAUGGAGAUGCAAGCUCGACUUCUUGCUCAAAGCUGGGCCAAGCGGGAUUCUGAGCAGCUGCCGUCUUUAUUGUCCGAAUUACACAGAUACGAUGACACGAAACGCAUGCAAGAAGCGAUGAACCAGAAAUCGCUACAGGUACCUCAGUUCUGGAUGGCAGAUUACGUUGGUUUGAUUGAAGAAUUUGCACGAGGAACAGGCGCCUCGCGCGACGACUCGCUAUUUGGCGGCCAAACGGGUCCUACCUUUCCAUCGCGCUAUCACCAUGCAGGUACCAAUGCCCAGGCGAAGGAAGUAGUCGAAGACGUUGCCAAGGUACUCCAGGCUUCCCAAGAAGAUGCUCGGUUCGUUGCUGCCGCAGUGUUUACAGGUAUGCAAGGUGUGUGGAACAUGACACGCAAAAUUGACUCACAUACCAACACACCUGGCGGCGUGUUUGUGGGCACAGCACACUUCCACCCACGCCAAUCUACCGAUCCAACCACUUACAUAUCCGAAUACCUGUACGUCGAACAAGGCACAUUCACCAUGGAUACUGGCCUGUCUUUUCCUGCGACUCGCCGUUACAUCUAUCGAUACAAUGAGAUACGCGACGAGAUCACAGCAUGGUUUGCUAAAGAUGACAACAAAAGUGUAGGAGCACUGUUCAACACGUGGGGGUUCUACGCGCCAGUUGACAACAAGUCUGGAUGGAUGGCCAAAGGUUAUCAUUGGUGUGAUCCGGAUACGUACCGCAAUCACUGCGAGUUCAAGUUUCGCGGUGCGAAGAUUGAGCGAUUCAUGAUCAGAUACGAGGUUGAGGGACCGAAGAAGGAUUACUCGCAUGAGAGCUGGUAUGAGAGAGCAGGGGCUAGCAGCAGUUGA